AUGACAAUUUACAACAACUUUUGGCGGAAGAGAAAUGUUGCUCAAGGACACGAGGUCAUUUGGAAGUUUAUGACAGAAAACAAAUCACUUCCUGAAAUUUAUAAGGACAUAUAUGAUGCAUAUCCAAAAGAAGAUAAUGUCGGUAUAUUUCUUGGAUCAAAACCAGCAAUAAUAUUAAGAAAUUUAGAAAAUUUACAAGCAGUGUUACAGGGCGAUUUUCAAAGCUUCUACAGUCGAGGUUUUGUUAUAAACUCUAAUGAUUUACUUGCCGAUAAUGUGCUCUUUAUGGAUGAUUACAAUCGCUGGAGAAUAGUAAGACAGAAAAUAUCGCCUGUGUUUACAUCCAAAAAACUUAAGAAUAUGUUUUAUAUUUUAGAACGCUGCGCUCAAGACUUCGUUAAAUUAAUAGAAAACAGUCAACAGGCAAAAGACAAACCCUUCAACGCAUUAUACACUUAUACAACAGCCUCAAUAGCCGCAGCCAUUUUUGGCAUCGACACUUAUACUAAAAACACCAUGGAUUCCCCGUUUCUUGAAAUGGCAUGGAAGGCUCUGGAGCCAACAUUUUUAACUAAUUUAAAAUUUACCAUUUCAAAUAUGUUCCCCAAACUUUACAAUUUACUAAAAUUAAAAUUAUUUGGAGAACACGAGGACUUUUUUAUUAAUGUUGUGAAAAGUGUAUUAAAAGCUCGUCGCAGUGAACUUGAAAAGCGGCACGAUUUCAUUGAUACCUGUAUAGAAUUACAAAAAGAAGGCUUAAUGAAAGAUUCGUCAACAGGAUUCACGUUGAAUCCUUCCGACGAACUGAUGGCGGCACAGGCGUUCUUUUUCUUCAUUGCAGGUGCAGAUACAUCUGCACAUACCAUGCUUUUCGUUCUUUUAGAAAUUUCUGGAAAUCCUGGCGUUCUACAAAAGCUACAUGAAGAAAUAGAUAAUGUAUUUGAUCAAUGCAAGGAAAACAUCACUUUUGAUAAUAUAGAGAGCAUGAAAUAUCUUAAUAUGGUAAUGAACGAAGCUAUGAGAAAAUAUCCUACAAUCGGUGCAGUUCAAAGAAGAUGUACCAGACAAACAACGCUACCCGUUGGGCAAGUAAAAAUGGAAAAAGACGAGAUAGCUGUGAUCCCGAUUUACGCUUUACACAGAGAUGAAAGAUAUUUUCCCAAUCCAGAUUUGUUCGAUCCUGAGAGAUUUUCGCCCGAGAAUAGUUCCAAAAUUUUGAAGUAUAGUUACCUACCUUUUGGUGAAGGAAAUCGUGUCUGUCUUGGUGAAAGGUUUGCAAGAUUACAAGUGAAAGUUGGACUAGCGUGGCUGCUAAGACGGUACACAUUGAAGGAACAAGUGUACAAACCAAAGCAUUUUGAACCAAGCUCCUUCGGUAUUCAAGAUCCAAAUGCUCGUUUCGAUCUUAUUGCCAGAGAAAAAUUCAAGAUAAUAUAA